UAUGACGAAUGUUGUGUUUACCUUUCGGAAUCGAGAAAUUGGUGCUGACACCUAUAGAAGAAAUACAUUUAGAUGUCUCAGAACACUAAUCUGCAAGGGGAAUAGAGAAUUCACGAAAGUGUGGACACGAUCUUCAAAUAAAGCUUGGCAAUAUGAAAGUGGAAGAAUACUGAGUGACAACUACAAAGUCUGUCAUUUUGGAUAUGGAAGAGAUAACAUUCCAAGACAGAUGUACAAACUUCCCAAGACAGACACAGGGAAGACGGAAGAUGCUUUGAUAUAUAGAUGUUUCCAUGACAAUUUCACUGAAUUUGAGAACCGCCCCUGCCUAGUCACACUGCAAUCAGCCAGAAAAGGGGAAAGUAUCUGCUUUUAUGACCUUGACACAGGGCAACUUCUCAAGGACAUUUUCCUUUCACAGUUGGUCAAAUUUAAAUACUUAUCGUGGAUAGACCCCAACAGAAGGUUUGUGGUGAAGUCUGUCUCCUCUUCACCAGAGAGGUCCAUUCGCUUUCAAAGAAUUACAGGUAAUCUGAUGACAAGCUCGAUAGUAAUGGCUGUCUUCGAUGCUUUCCCGCUUACAUUUGUUGGCAUGUUUGAAGUAGACAAAAGGGUGUUUGGACCUGGCAUUAUAAGUGCCAGUCUGUCUCACGGGAUGCUGUUUGUCAUGUACGGGAAAGGAAUCAUUAGAUUCUUCAGCUUUGAGUACAUCAAUGAGCAUUACAAGUUGUAUGACCAUGACCUUGACUCACCUAGAAUGUGCUCCAAUGGAAUUGUUUUGGAAGGAUUGCCUAUGAAUAUCAAAAUAACUGAGUGUCCACCAGUAUUGUUUGAGGUCCAAUGCCUUCACCAUGACGUCAAGAUCGGAGGGCAUCCCUGGCACUGUAUCUUUUCACCAAUGGGUCAAAGGGGGGUUUUCCAAGUCGCCUCACUCAAAGAUAAAUUAAAGGCUCAAAAUGGCACCUUGGUGGAUGAUACAGUUGACUUGGAGCAAGAUUGGUGUCAAUUUCAUCCAGACAACUCAGGGAGAAUACUCUAUAUGGCCACAGCAUCAGGAAGCAUCAGGGUGUUGGAGAUAAAGGAACUCUCAGAGACAUCAGGGAAAUACGAGAUUGUGGAAAACCAAGUUCUUGACCAUAGACCACCAAAACAGGAGAGGCUUAUGAUGACAUCAUCUGGUCGAACAGUAAAGAGGUCACAGUCUCAGGAUGAGAUUAGCUAUGAAACUGAUGUGAUAAUACAUAACAUUGAUUACGAAGAUGACCUUGAUCUCACAUGGACCUCUGCAACCCAACUACGCCCAGAGCCAUCCAACAUGGUGUGUUUCUAUGACAACCAGAGCAACGCCCUCCUUCGAAAGAUUAGACUCGACAUGAGGGAAUCCUGUGAUAUUGAUUAUGAAAACAACACGUGCUUUGAUUUGGACACUAUUGUACAUUUUGUGAAACCAACAAUUGGAAAAUUUAUCUGCAACCUGUACAGACUUAGCGGGGAUCUAAAUCAGGGACCAGCAGAAAAAAUCAGCUCAACUUCAGGGACUAGUGCAGAUACUUGUAGAUCUGACAGGAACAGACAGGACGUUCGAAGAAGUAGAAGAGAAAGGAGAUAACACAUGGAAAAUGCUAGUAGAUUGCAUAUUUAGGCUAUUGAAAAAAUUCAUCCUCAUUUUCGCUUUCCCAAGUCUAAAAAGUUCCUCGCCUAUAUCUUUUAUUUAAUUACAUAUUUGUCCUUUUCAAGAACCAUUAAGAAUUUGGAAAUAUUAAAACAAAAGAAUAAAAUCAGUCCAUUCGCAUGAAUUUUUAUAUGCCCGUUUUAAAAGAUACUCCUCAUUCACUCCUGAGUUAUGGCCCUUGAAUUGGUAAAUGCAGUCUUUACAGAGUCCAUUCUCUAAAUUUGGUUUAAUAUACAACCACUUAAUAUCGUCAAAUUAAUAUCUCUAAAUUUGGUUUAAUGUACAACCACUUAAUAUCACCAAAUAAGGAUGGGUGUAAUUUGAUAGUUAGUGCUCUUUUCUUUUAAUCUGGAAAAGAAUUUCAGACCUUUUUUUCUUAAGAAUUAUCUUUGGACCUUAGAAUUAUGUUAAAGUUCUCCUUUGCUCCUUUUAUAAUUGUAUUAUAGUGUUCUUUGUUAAUGGUUGAUUUUGUAUUUGUAGAUAUAGUACAUUCAUUAUGGAUAUGUAAUUUUGUCCUUACAUUUGAAAAUUGUUAUAUUGAUACUGAUGUUUACACUUCAUUUGCAAAAUGA